AUGGUGAAACUCAACCCCUACAUUUCCACAACCCAAUCCCUUCCUUCAAUCUCCAAAACCACCAUCGAAUCUCGUUUCCUCAAUCCCAAAUCGUUCCCCAUUUUGCAAUCCCAUCCAACUCCAAAACACAAACAGUUCGUCUGCGCUAGGAGACGAAGUUGGUCCCAAUCAUCAAAUCGAAAGAUACUUCAACUAGCUUCCACGCUCGCAUUCAAUCUCAAGAUCCUACCGGAACCAUUGAACUCGAUCGUCGGCGAAAUCUCACGAAGCGGUUCGAAUGAACAUCGGAUUAUGAACCGUCUCGUCGGUGGUUGGAGAGCGAAAUCGAGGAGGAAGAGGUUUUUGUUACCCGUUUUUGUGUUGUUAUGUGCUGCAGGUUUUUGGUCGUUUAGGGUUUCAGAAUUGGACAUGUUUAUGAGGUCAUUGUUCUUUUGUAUUGUUGGGAUUUCUUCAAUUUUGUUGUUAAAAAAUAAAGCCAUAAAGGAGUGGUUUUUAGGGUUUUCUUUUGGGGUUGUUUUGAUGAUGAGUUUCAGAUUGGGAAAAGAGGAUAUGAAAUUUUGGGUUCAGAAGCUAAGAACUUGUUCUCCUGUUGCACAAAUUGCAAUGAGGAAUAGAAAUAGAAAAUGGAGAUUAUCAAAAUGA